AAUUUUGACAGAUGCGAGUCUUUGGUAGACUUUUGUAUCUAUGACACAACUUUCUCGAUCCUUUCUUAGAUUUUUAAGAUUGCUUACCUUUUUAGAUCACGAGUAAAAAAAUGUUCUAAUCUGAAAUACUGGUAGCUGUACAGGUGCUAUUGCGUACCGGAAACUUAGAUGUUUGAAACUCGAUCCUGCUAGUUGAAAAGCAUUAGGCUUUAACCUGUAGCUACUUUUGAGCUUUUUGGUUGGACGAAUUCUCAUCGGCCAUCUCAGGAUGCCUGCUAAGAUAAAAGUUCGCAUUGUAGCUGCUCGAGAUCUCCCUGUAAUGGAUCGAUCGAGUGACUUGGCUGACGCUUUUGCAGAGGUUCGUCUUGGUAAUGUGUUGCAUAAGACAGAUGUGUGUAAGAAGUCACUUAAUCCUCAGUGGAACUCGGAGUGGUUCAGAUUUGAGGCUGGUGAUGAAGAGAUACAAGAUGAGCCUUUGCAGAUCAGAAUUAUGGACCAUGAUACUGUGACUGCCCAUGAUGCUAUUGGAAAGGUAAAUAUAAGUCUAGGUCCUCUGCUAACACAAGAUCCACCAGGAAGUAUUGAUGGAUGGUUUCCAAUUUACGACACAAUGCAUGGCAUUCGUGGGGAAGUGAGUGUUAUUGUUAAAGUGGAUUUUUUUACUGAUUCUAACAAGUUUCGACAGAGUUCAUGUGGUGUGCAGUUCUUCUACACUUGUUCUGUCCCAUAUGGCCAUAAAGCUCUAGCUAUUCAUGGUUUUGUUGAGGAGCUUGUUGUUAAUGAUGAUCCAGAAUACCAAUGGAUUGAUAAGAUCAGAACACCAAGAUCUUCUAAUGAAGCACGGCAGAGGCUAUUUACCAAACUUUCAGGAGAACUGCAACGGAAAAUUGGUCUUAAAGUUUUAGAGGCUGGAGGAAACACUGUUAUUGGUUAUCGUCAGUGUUUUGACCUGGAGGGUGAAUAUGGAAUUGUAGUGCGGGGUAUUGGUACUGCUGUGACACUAGCCAAUGUUCUUACUACAGUAGGCACCAAUUCUCACCCAUCCACUCCUGUGCAUCCAUUAACUUCAUCAGGAGAAGUUGGUCCAGGAAGCCAUGUCUCAGACUCGGGGUUUAUCUUCCCAGACACAUUGCAAAGCUUACCAGUUCCAUCUACUAAAGUUAUGACUCCUUCCCGUCGUCGUAUUUCAUCUUCUGAUUCUGAUCCAAUGCCAGAUUCUUCCCCAAAAGAUCGUGUCGCUGUUCUGGCUAGCAGUGCAGGAGUUGAUAGUAGUGGUGGUAGUGCAGGUGGGACUUCUUUUCCCAUACCCAAGGGAAUUUGGCAGCCAGUCAUUCAAAAGCAGAAAACUGUGGAAGAUCUGGAGUUUCCUUUCUUCACCAUCACAAAAUUCCCUUCUGGUUUCCUGAGGCACAUUGGUGGAGUUGUAACUGCAAGAUCAGUGAAGCUUCUCGACAAAAUCAAUCACCCAGAUGAACCAGAAACUCGAGAUGCAUGGUGGAGUGAAGUUCGAAUGGAAAUUCGAUCCCAUGCCAGAGCUCUUGGCUGUCAUGCUGUUGUGGGAUAUUAUGAAGUUACGAGCAUAUGUGAUGAGCUAAUAGUGCUGUCAGCAUCAGGAACCGCAGCAUGUAUAGACCUACAGCUAGCAACAGCAGAACCUACUGGAGUUGGUCUUGGCAUUCUCAGUAUGUGUAUGGUUAUUUUAAGCAGGCACCUGUUGCAGAAAAAGGCCCAGCUGUACCAUCAAAUGCAGCAAGUCAUACAGAACAGGCUGCCCCACUUCAAGUGGACAUUGGUGAUCAUGAUGGGUGAGUGGAAUUGUCAACCUGGCAAACUAAUAAACAACAUAAUUUGUUUACUACACAGGAUUAAGAAAGUUCCUGAUGUAAUAUUUGCGACAACAGAGCCACCAGUUGAAUCACCCAUUGUUGGCAGAGGUUGUCUACUGCAGGCUCGUGUUUGUAGAACAAAAAAGAAAGACAAGGGUGAAGCAAAUGCGGAUAUAGUUAGUUCUAUUUUACCAUUUCUAGAGUAUGAACUUCACCAGCAGCUGUUGAACAAACUUAAGGUUAAAGGCAUGAAUGCACUGUUUAGACUUCAUCUUCAGAUAUCAGUAGGAGAAAGCCUGAUCAUAGGAACUGCAUCUUCUACUGCAGUUUUUCUAGAAGCAUUACCUACACCACCACUACUGAAGAUUACUGGACGGUGUCUAUCUGCUGAAGAAGAUAAAAGAAUUGCUGAGAUCCAGAAACAAAUUGUGGAAACAACGAACAAGAACAGGGCCAGUUUCAAACUUACAGAUACUGUGCAUUUACACACUCCCAAAGCAACACCACCUCCCAGUCCAUCACAAAAUGCUCAGUCUGUGCUCAUGGUUGAUACAGACCUGGAUGAGGGUCCUAAGGCAGAGUUAGAUUUGUGCACAGGGUCCAAGGAUGCAUAUGUUGUAGAGAUUGAUGAUAAAAAGGAUGAGGAUGUGGUGGCUGUCUUACUGGAUGAGCCAGCUCCUGAUGGUUUUUAUUCCUGCAAUACAGAAACACUUCCUGGUGCAGUUCAUCUUAAAUCAGGAGUUAAGAUGAUAACAGCAGUUCAGAGAAAAGCACUGAGUGAUGAGGACAUAAGAACAAAUCAGCAGUUUGCCAAAUUGUUUGAAGACACAAUAAAGAGUUUCUGGUUCAAGCUUCGCAGUAGAUCUCCUUGCUGUCUCUCAAAUGUACAAUUUGAUAUUGAAAUACCAGAAGAUGACAAUAUUCAGGUGGCUGUAACAGGAGUGGCUGUUUCUAUAGAGGAAAGAGAUGGUGAUGAAGGACAUUUCUUGAAGUUAAAAAGAAACAUAAGUGACAGAUCUCAUUCCCGCCCCUUGCACUCUGAAAAUAUGAUGGAAUCAGAUGAUUUACUCUUUCCCAUUGAGGAAGUGGUCGACAACUCUGCUGUAGAAAAACUAAAAUCAGAAUCAGAUUCCAAUUCCAAAAGACACCUUGAUCAUCCUCUAUGUGUAAAAAUAAAGCAGGCCCCAUAUCGUCCUGCUGUGGAGGUGACAUCAAUGUCCUACUUACCAAAUACACAAAUUGAAUGUUUCCUUGGCAACAUCAACUUGUUUUUAAUACGGGAAAGUCAUACAGUGCGCGAGAAUGGUGGUUUAAAUGUAUUCAUGCAAGCAUUUGUUGCCGAGGCUCAAGCAAUGCUAAGAGCACAUGUCCUGGCUAUUGGAGGAAAUGCUUUGGUUUCCUACCAAUUAAAUGAGAUUGUUUUAUUGGAUAAUCCUCAUAAACAUCAGGGACAAUGCUUGCUUAACAUCAGUGGUGAUGCUGUACGGGUACUUUACGAGGAGGAAGACAUCCUAGAAACAUCAGUUCGAGGAACACCUCGGAAAAGAACUGUCUCAUACUCAGAAGCUAAUACUGAAACACCGGUCCAUAUUGUACGUCAGCGAUCCAUCUCAGCCUCAGAAACUUCCACUACCACACUGAUAACUUACGAUCCGUGUUAUGGGACAGAAAUAUAGAAAAUGAAGCCUUGUAAAUACUAUGCAAGCUCAACAGGAGAAAGAAGAGUUAGCUGGCAAAAUAGACUGUUGUGUUUGCUUCUAUAACUCUUGCAAAAUGAAGGCUCUGAGUCAGUUCAAGAAGUAAUUGGAUUGGUGUAGUUGAAAUAACUUUUUAGAAUGGAAGAGAAAUGGUAGCUUUGGAGUAUUGAGAGAGUUAUAAGGCGGGAGCACCACUUUAGUAUGAAAUAUGGUCAAAACUGGACCAGCUAGCAAUAGAGGAAUUUCAUAGAAAAUUGUGAAAAAUUAAUUAUAAACAUCUUUCUGGAGCUUCCAUCACAUACAAAGAGAACCUAUUCCUCUGAAGCAUUUUGCAUGCUUUUGCAUAAAUUGUGGUUUUAAGGAAAUUGGUUUUGGUUGUGACUUCAAAGAGCCAAACCAGAUUUGAUGAUUAAAUUAUUUGUGGACAUUGGAAUGAUAAUUUCUUGUUCAGUAUCACUUGAUAAAAUCUCAAUAAAAUUAGUAUGCUAUGACUGUAAUUCAGUCUAACCAUUGACUUACCAGUAUAUUUAUUUAGUAUCUUUAAGUGAAUUUGUUUUUUUCUAAUCUCUAAUUUUGUUAAAUGGUGUAUACCUAGAAAUUAAAAAUUGUUUCAUUUUUCAUUCCAUACGUUCAGAUAGGUGUCAAUUAAUCUUGGCUGUUGCAGUCUAAAUUAAGAGUUAAAACUAGGACAAAUAUCAUGCUUUUUUUUUG